AUGGCGCGAUUAAAAGUCCUCAUCAGCGGUGCAGGGAUCGCCGGCAAUGCCCUCGCUUUCUGGCUCUCCAAGCUCGGCCAUGAGAUCACCAUUGUCGAACGAUUCCCCAAUCUCCGAACCAGCGGCCUCCAGCUAGAUCUACGGGGUCAUGGAAUUGAGGUUUUAAAGCGCAUGGGUCUCGAGAGCGCCUUUCGUUCCCAUGCUGUUCCGGAGCAGGGCAUGCAGAUGGUCGACAGUUUAGGGAGACGGCGGGCCUUCUUUCCUGCAAACAAAUCCGGAAAAGGGUCGCAAAGCUUUACCAGUGACUUCGAGAUAAUGAGGGGAUAUCUCUGCCGGAUUAUGUACAAUGUUGCGAAAGACCGGGUGAAAUAUGUCUUUGGUAUCUCGAUCGAGAAAUUCGAAGAAAAAGGUGGCAGUCUUAAGGUCCGAUUCACAAAUGGGAAGACAGACUGGUUCGACAUUCUCGUCGGUGCUGACGGCCAAAGAUCACGCACCCGCAAGAUGAUGCUUGGCUCCGGCGUUGUGGACGCUUUUCACCCGUUCGACGAGUACGUCGCAUACUUUACGAUUCCUCAGCCAAUGAGAGAAGGAGAGGAGUACAUCGCCACAUCGUACAUUGCGCCGGAGGGACGGUUCGUUUUGACUCGAAGGCAUGAUUCGCAAAAGAUCCAAGUUUAUUUGACCGGCAAGAGCGUCACCGAACGACUCAAAAGUGUUCAGAGAGGAGAUAUUGGCGAGGAAAAGAAGGCUUUUGCAGAGGUUUUUCGAGGCGCGGGGUGGCAGGUAGACAAGAUCUUAGAGUCGCUUAUGGAAGCCGAGGACUUCUACUGUGAGUGUCAGGGUCUCGUUAAGUUGGAUCCGUGGUAUCAAAGCCGCGUGGUGCUCCUUGGAGAUGCCGCUUCCUGUCCUUCAGCAAGUACGGGCAUGGGCACUUCUAGUGCUAUGGUUGGUGCUUAUAUCUUAGCUGGAGAAAUUGGGAGACAUUGUGGACGCCCUGAUGAUCAAAGUGAAGAAACGAAGGACUGUCAUGUAAAAGCAUUCCAGGCUUACGAUACCAAGUUUCGGCCCUUCAUGAGCCAAAUACAAAAGGGUGUUGGUGAUCCAAGUGUUUUCGACAGGAUACAGUGGUCGCCUUUCACCAUCGCCAUUUUGUAUUGGCUCAUGUGGCUGGCAUCAUACUUGAGGCUGGAUCUACUGGGCGGACUACUUUUGGAUCAACCGGUGAAGGGGUGGGACCUACCGGAGUAUGAAGAGAUCCUGAGGGAUUAG